UCUCGGUGCGUAGCAGCUUCCUGCAUUAGCGCAGUACUGCUCUGUCUCUGCUCUGCGCACUCGGAAGACAAUCGCCGCUAGACGAAAGCUUUGUUAUGAAAAUCCGCUAAUUAAUUCCUUCGAAACUGCUCUCGGUUAUCCGAUGCUUCAUCAGAGCUGAGUCUCACAGUUAUUUAAUGCAGAUUAAUCGCCAUUAGCCUUUCGCUUGGAGCUUUCUCUUUGUACCAUUUUCUGGAUCUACCUUACAUUUUCUUGAAUAUUCUGAACCAAAUUUGAAGUAAUUUUUGUAUUUUUCUUCUUGUAAUCACCACCGAAUCACUUUUGGCUCUUUUUUUUUUUUUUUUUUUUCCUUCUCAAAGAAAAUCUCUUUGUUCAUUUCAUUGCUCUCAAAUUUAUCUAAAGUACUUUUGUGGCUAUUCUCUUUGGCUCUCUCCAACCACUUCCCUUAGAAAAACACAGAAAAUCCACACCUCUGCUGAUUUCCCUUUAAAAGAUUUGAAAAUUACGAAAAUGCUUCGGUUUGUAGUCUCGAUUUUGAUCUGCUUCUCAACCAUUGCCCCGUUUCUGAACUCCGUCGCGAUUGCGGCACUGAUAUCGUGCUCCGGGAUGGUACCGAUGAAUUAUCGGAACGACAAGAUAUCUAUAACAGACUUCGGGGGUGUCGGAGACGGACGGACGCUGAAUACGAAGGCUUUUCGGGAGGCGAUAUAUCGGAUUCAGCACCUGAGGAGGAGAGGUGGCACGCUUCUUUACAUACCUCCUGGGGUGUACUUAACAGGGAGCUUCAAUCUCACUAGCCACAUGACCCUCUACUUGGCGAAGGAUGCAGUUAUCAAAGCCACUCAGGAUACUUGGAACUGGCCCUUAAUUGCUCCUUUGCCAUCUUAUGGAAGAGGGAGGGAGCGCCCAGGAGGAAGAUAUAUUAGCUUUAUUCAUGCAGAUGGAGUUCAUGAUGUGGUAAUCACCGGUGAGAAUGGAACAAUUGAUGGCCAAGGAGAUAUCUGGUGGAACAUGUGGAGGCAGAGAACUCUUCAAUUUACUAGACCAAAUCUGGUUGAAUUUGUGAACUCCAAAAACAUAAUAAUUUCUAGUGUGAUUUUCCGCAAUUCUCCAUUUUGGAACAUUCACCCUGUCUAUUGCAGCAAUGUUGUUGUCCGCUAUGUUACAAUAUUGGCUCCGCCUGACUCUCCCAACACUGAUGGCAUUGAUCCAGAUUCAAGCUCUCAUGUCUGCAUAGAGGACUCAUACAUAUCAACCGGAGAUGAUCUUGUGUCUGUGAAGAGCGGGUGGGAUGAAUAUGGAAUUGGUUAUGGUCGUCGUAGUUUUGACAUCACAAUCCGACGGAUGGCAGGAUCAUCCCCAUUUUCUGGAAUUUCAGUAGGAAGUGAAACCUCUGGUGGGGUGGAAAAAGUGUUGGCAGAACACAUAAACCUUUACAACAUGGGAGUCGGCAUCCAUGUGAAGACGAACAUCGGUAGGGGAGGGUUCAUAAGAGAUAUUACAGUAUCUGAUGUGUACAUGGAAAUUGCUCAAAAGGGGAUAAAGAUUGCAGGCGAUGUUGGCGACCACCCUGACGACAGAUUCAACCCAAACGCUCUCCCGGUCGUGAAGGGAAUCACUAUUAAAAAUGUUUGGGGUGUGAAGGUUCAGCAAGCGGGUUUAAUACGAGGCCUGAGGAACUCCCCAUUCACAGGGAUUUGCCUCUCUAAUAUCAACCUUCUUGGCGCGCCACUGAGAUGGUCGAGAAGUCCUUCAUGGAAGUGCUCUGAUGUGAGUGGAGCAUCUCACCAAGUCAGUCCGUGGCCCUGUUCAGAGCUGUCCAGCUCCCAUCCAACAAAUUCGUGUUCCAGUCACCUCUGAUAUGUGUUUCUUUUAAGAGAUGUAUUAAUUUCCGAAUGAAAAACAAAGAAUUGUUUCCCUACCAUCUGCUAUUCGAAUUAUAUGCACCACUUGGGAUUA